CUCCAAGUUGUUUAAUCGGCACAACUUCCCCCAUUUCCAAGCCUUUCUACUUAAUCUUUCUCUACCCAUUUUUCUUUGUGUCAUGGACAGACAAACCAAGAAACGGAAGUAUCAGCUUGAUCAAACUCACCCUAGAUAUGGAUUUAAUAGCCUACCUCAAGAAAUUGUUCUUGACAUAGUUUCCAGGCUCCCCAUAACAUCUUUAGUCCAAUUCAAGUUUUCUUGCAAGUUAUUUUACAACUUGUUACAUGAUAAAGAGCUUGUGAAUCUGCACCUGUCUCGUGCAGUAAAGGACGAUCCUUGCGUUAUUUUUCACGCGGAUUAUCCUUUAAAGAAUCAGCUCUACUUUCUUGAAUUUUCUGAUCAUGGUAAGGAAGAGGUUGUGAAGAAAUUCAGCACCCCUUUUGCAAACUCUGUGCCUGAAUUUAAAGUGGUUGGUUCAUGCCAUGGACUAUUGUGCAUAUGUCAUUCUCUGUUUAGUAAUGAACUUUAUGUGUGCAAUCCUUUUACAAGGGACUACAAAGAGCUGCCCAAAUCAGUAGAAUUUGAGGUGCAAAAAUUGGUUCUUGGAUUUGGUUUUCAUCCUAUUACCAAAGAGUACAAGGUGAUCAAGAUUAUAAGUUAUGCCAAUAUGUAUAAUCAUGUCUCAUGGCGCUAUCGUGGGUAUCGACCUCCCCACUUUGGUAAAUCAGAUGUUCAAAUAUUUAGUCUUGGUAGCAACAGAUGGAGAAGUGUUGGAGAAGUUGUUUAUCAGUUUGAUCCAAGUUCUCAAGGAAUUAUGUUGAACGGGAAGAUGCAUUGGUUGACUCAAUUUGGUAAGUAUAAUGGACGUCGUGACAGGCUCAUCGUUUCCUUUGAUUUAGCUGAUGAGGUAUUUGCUGAAGUUCCAAAGGUUGAUUUAGGUGUCAAUACAAGAAUUAAGAAGUUUCAUCUAGCAGUUAUUGGAGAUUGUCUUGCUGCCGCUCUAACUUUGCCUCACCAAAAAGGCGGAGGAAUAGAAAUUUGGGUAAUGAAAGAAUACAAUGUGAAAGAGUCAUGGGUGAAGGAGUUCAUAAUUGGGGUUUAUACACCAACUCCAAAUGCUGUCACUCAACAUUUGCAGCCAUUGGUAAAAGUUCUAUGCCUUUUGAAGAAUGGAGAGAUCUUGCUUGAGUAUAAAGGUGGCAAUUUGGUUUCAUAUGAUCCUAAAAAUAGUAUUUUUAGGACUCUAAAAUUUCAGGGAAUGCCUAAUUUGUUUCAGACAUGUGUUCAUAUGGGUUGCCUUAAUUGGAUUGAUAUCCCACCUUCUAAUUAGAUCAUCAAACUUAUUAGAUACCUUCCCGUUGUUUAAGCAUAUAGUAGUUCUGUUUCCUUUUAAAGUCAUUUCCCUUGUUUUUCAUCCUAGUAU